AAAUAAACCUCCUCCAAUGGCUGCCGCUACCUCGCUGCUCAUCACAUCAUUCAUAUUACUUGGUCUACAUCUUACAGAAGCGCAAAUUGGAGUAUGUUAUGGAAGGAAAGGAAACAACUUACCAAGCGGAGAAAAUACAACACAACUCUACGACUACUACGGCAUAGAAGCAAUGAGACUCUACGAGCCCGAUGAAACGACACUCAAAGCCCUACAAGGAGCAGGCAUCAAGCUCAUGUUGGGUGUCCCUAAUGAAGAAAUUGAAUGUAUGGCGUGUGAUCAACCCAUCGCCGAUGAAUGGGUUCAGGACAACGUCGUCCCCUAUGUAGAAUUUAUCAAAUACAUUGUUGUCGGAAAUGAAAUCCAUCCGUCUGACCAACCAGCCUCAUCAGUCGAAUCAGCUAUGCAAAACAUAUUAAAUGCACUAAAUUCUAACAAUAUAACUAGUGAUAUAAAGGUUUCAACGGCCAUUGACACGAGUUUAAUCAUAAACUCGUAUCCACCAUCUAAUGCCAAAUUUAAAAACUUAUCAUAUGUUGGCCCAAUAAUAAACUUCUUAACAAUUAAUGAAUCGCCUUUGUUGGUAAAUAUUCAACCCUACACUACUUAUAUGAAUGAUCCGAAAAAUAUUAGACUAGACUUUGCGUUAUUUACUGCUUGUGGGAUUGUAUUUACGGAUGAAAAUAGUGGUAAAAAUUAUCAGAAUUUAUUCGACGCAAUAUAUGAUGCAAUGUAUGUAGCAAUAGAAAAAGUUGUUACAAAUGCACCUAAUGAUGAGUACACCUAUUCAGUCGAUAAUGGUCGUAGGCACAACAAGAGGCACAAGCCACCUAGGGUGGUGAUCUCGGAAAGUGGGUGGCCGUCGAAAGGUGGAUUUGGUGAAAAAAUAAAGAUGAAGGCUAGUAGAAAAAGGCACCACCAAACGAACGGGGGCUUAGAGUGUGGAGGGGAGUUACAUAACGGAGUGGAAGAGGCCGCCACACCGGAAAAUGCAAAGACUUACUACACCAAUUUGAUCAAACAUGUUAAGAAGGGGACUCCUUUGACACUAGGUCAAGAGAUUGAAACAUACUUGUUUGCAAUGUUUGACGAGGAUCAGAAACCCGGGGAUGAAUCGGAGCGUUCUUACGGCCUUUUUACACCCGAUCAACAACCUAAGUAUGGCGUACUCGACAUUUGUUGAUCGAUAUUUAUUACCUAUAUGUAUGUAUAAUUGCAAAAUAAGUAUCUUGAUAAUGUUGUGUGCAUUAGGAGUUUCCUAACAAGAAAAGCUUUCUAAAUGUCGUGGCCUUUUUUUUUUUAUGAAUUUUAAUAGAGAUAAGUACUUGAAUUGGUAUAAUUUUGUGUACUAAGCUAACAUGAUUUCCUAGUAAUAUAAGUUGUAACCAUAUCAUA